UAUUAAGGUCAAACGAAUGAUUUAAAAGUUAUUCAGUGAAAGAGUGAGCUAUGAGAAAUUUGUGUUCAUAACUACAAGAUAUACUUUACAAAAGUGGUACAAGUCACAACAAAAUGGCUGAUGCUAACAAUAAAAUAGGAAGUGGUCGGGCAAUAAAAAACUGUUGCGGCUUCCAUUGGAGGGGCAAAGCGUCCAUCAUAAUACCCCUCAUCACGUUGCCGCUGCUGCUAUAUGGAUUUAUGAUAGAUAAAAAGGCAUGGCUAUGCAUGUAUUUGGUGGUCAAUAUGGCGCUCUUCUGGGUUACGGAGGCCAUUCCUUUAUAUUUGACCGCCUUGUUUCCGGUUGUUUUUUUGCCAGCUUUUGGAAUUUUGCCGUCGGAGAAGGUGUGCAGCUUUUACUUCAGCGAUACCGUGGUCAUGUUUCUAGGGGGCUUGUUGAUAGCUUUGGCCAUUGAAUAUAGCAAUCUUCAUCAGCGCAUCGCACUUACAACUAUCCUAAUAGUGGGCUGCAGUCCAAGGCGCUUGCACUUCGGUUUAAUCAUGGUAACCUGCUUCAUAUCACUUUGGAUCUCAAACUCGGCAGCCACCGCCAUGAUGUGCCCCAUUGUCAAGGCAGUGCUCAACGAAAUGGAUGCGCAAAAUAUUUUUGCUAUCUAUAAGUCACAGGAAGAGGAGCCGGUGGAGGAGGGCGACCCACCGCACCCAUCUACCAUCUCGUUGGCCUUCUAUUUCGGCAUCGCGUAUGCCUCGUCAAUCGGAGGCUGUGGAACCCUGAUCGGAACUGGAACAAAUCUGACCUACAAGGGCCUAUACGAUACGCGCUUUCCGAACUCCGAGGAGAAGGUGGACUUUCCCAUUUUUAUGGCAUACGCCUUGCCAUUUGUGGUCGUUGUGCUCAUCAUUCUCACAUUCCUUUCCCUGCAAAUCACCCACAUGGGUCUCUUCCGGCCCAAUAGCAAGGUGGGCCAGGAGGUGAAAAAGGGCACCGAGGGUCAGAACGUGGUCAAGGCCCUGAUCAAGGAGCGCAAGAAGGAGCUGGGCCCAAUGAGCUGCCACGAGAUCCAAGUGGCUUUGCUCUUCGUUCUGAUGAUUUUCCUGCUUUUUACCCGCAGGCCGGGCCUCUUUACCGGCUGGGGUGACUUUCUGAAUGCUCAAAAAAUUGGCAGUGGCCCGCCUGUAUUUUUCUGUACCAUGCUACUCUUCGCCCUGCCCACGCAGUAUACAUUUUUUAAGUACUGCUGCGGAAAGGCUCCGUUUCCAGGGCAGACGUUGGAUGCCUGCCUCUCCUGGUUGUACUGUAACAAAUAUACGCCUUUUGGUCUAUGCUUUCUACUGGGUGGAGGAUUUGCUCUGGCCGAGGGAAGCCGUGUUAGCGGAAUGGCCAAAAUGUUGGGCGGGUCGUUGUCAUUCGCUGCAAAAAUGGACCACGUCUUGGUUGUCUCUAUGUGCAUUAUAAUUUCACUUUUUUGCACCGCCUUUGCUUCCAACGUGGCCAUUUGCAACAUUCUGAUUCCGAUAUUUUCGGAAAUGGCCCUGGCCAUCAAAGCACAUCCCAUCACAUUGACUUUUCCCUCUGCUCUGGCCUGCAGCUUGGCCUUUCAUCUGCCCGUAAGCACUCCGCCUAAUGCCAUCAUAUCCGGCUAUACGGGUCUGAAAACUAAGUACAUGGCCUUGGCCGGCAUUUUGCCAACAUUUUGGUCCUUCUUCUGUUUGCUUUUCACCGGAACCGUGUGGACAAUUGUGAUCUAUCCGAGUACCAAAGAGUUCCCGGAAUGGGCUGAGUAGACGUUGAAAUCUAUCCAUACAGAAACCAAAAGUCUGAGAAUCCAAAAAUAUUAAAAAAAUCUUGAUGUACAAGUAAGGCUAUAAGGAAAAAUGAAACCCACAACCAAAAAAAAACUAAAUUAUGCUAGUUCACAUAAAAUUUGCGGGAUCCCAAAUAACAAUUCUGUCGAAUCAAAUUAACUACAUAUAACAAGAACUGCGUUUUUUGCUUUGACAGAAAAUGUUAUGAUGUGAUGGCAUUGCAAAAUUUCUAGGUGUUGGCCUUUGAUGUCAAGCUUAUUCAGUUUCUUGUUUGAAGACCAAUAAAUUCUUAACGCACAAUUUGUGGCAAUAAAAACUACACGGCGAACUUGUUUAAAAGUACAAGAGUCUUCUCUAUGGCUAAAUGAUAACUGGGGAUGAGCGGAAAUCUAGCCUGCGGAUGGGCGUUAUAAGGACGGGCAAACUCGGUUAGCAGACAUUUUGGACCAGAAGAAAACAAAAACUUUGUGCAAACAAUGCAAAAAGUACUUCGGCUGGCCCUUCACCUAAACUCAUUUACAUUCACAGCGUUAAGGUGAGAUAAAAUCAAGCCAAACAUCAUUACUCCGAGCAACUGAAUUAUAUUGCUUUCAUGCAUGAAUGACAUGCGGAGUAAACGAGGAACCAUUUAUAGCGCACAAAUCCCCAGCCGACACACGCAUAAACAAAUAAUGUACAAGCACACAAAAAUUCCAAUCCGAGUACUACUCAUGUGUAUAAGAAACGCACCGAAAUAAAUGUAAUAAAAACCCUGA